AUGACCAGCUCCUCUCCCGCACCCGGGCCCCUGCAGCUCUGCUACGAGAACGUGAACGGGUCCUGUGUGAAGGCGCCCUACUCGCCUGUGUCCAGGAUCCUUCUGUACGCGCUGUGUGGCUUUGGGGCUGUGCUGGCUGUGUUUGAAAACCUCCUGGUCAUGGUUUCCAUCGUCCACUUCAAGCAGCUGCACUCCCCCACCAACUUCCUCAUCGCCUCCCUGGCCUGUGCUGACUUCUUGGUGGGUGUCACCAUCAUGCCCUUCAGCAUGGUCAGGUCGGUGGAGAGUUGCUGGUACUUUGGGAAAAGCUUCUGUACUUUCCACACGUGCUGUGACGUGGCAUUUUGCUACUCAUCUCUCUUCCACUUGUGCUUCAUCUCCAUCGACAGGUACAUUGCGGUUACCGACCCUCUGGUCUAUCCCACCAAGGUCACGGUGCCGGUGUCUGGACUGUGCAUCUCCAUGUCCUGGGUCCUGGCGCUGGUGUACAGCGGGGCCGUGUUCUACACAGGCGCCUGUGACGACGGGCUGGAGGAAUUAACAAAUGCCCUGGAUUGUGUGGGUAGUUGUCAGCCUGUUAUUAAUCCAUUCUGGAUUUUGAUAGAUUUUCUAUUAUUUUUAGCACCAACCUUUCUUAUGAUGGUUCUGUACAGUAAGAUAUUUCUUGUGGCUAGAAAACAGGCCAAAAGGAUAGAGAAUGUUAGUAGCAAAACAGAAUCAUUAUCGGGGACUUACAAAGGUGGCAGGGGCGCCAAGAGAGAGAGAAAAGCAGCUUAAACCCUGGGUAUCACGGUGGUAGCGUUUUUGAUCUCAUGGUUACCCUAUAUGAUUAAUUCUUUCAUUGAUUCUUUUCUGGGUUUUAUAAUACCCUCCAGUGUUUAUCAAAUACUUUACUGGUUCAGUUACUAUAACUCUUCUCUCAAUCCUUUGAUAUAUGCUUUAUUUUACCCUUGGUUUAGGAGAGCAAUAAAACUAAUUGUUAAUGGCCAAGUAUUGAAAGAGAGUUCAUCAACCAUGAAUUUAUUUUCUAAAUCAGCCUAA